AAAGACGACAAGAACGAAUGCUACCAUCACGUAUACUCAGAUGUCAGUCUUGAUUACUGUCAUCAUAACCAAACUGGAAUGCCAAUCUCAAAAUCUCCACAACUGUACCACAGAAAAAAUGUUACGGCGCGUCUAUGUUUCUUCUAAUUUAUUUCACUUUCUAUUUUUACCGAUUCUUCUAUUCCUAAUUGAAGAACGAAGAAACCAAAGAGCUGUUUAGAUCAGGGUGAUAACCAGAUUAGUAUGAUAAAAGAGGGGUUUGAUAUCGCGCAGGCCCAUCUAAGACAUAAUUGUGGUAGUACACGUACUGCACCAACUAUAACAAUAACAAAACGCCCCAAUAACAGCGGCAUGAGGAAAUAUUAUCAAGCAGCAUUAAUUAUCACAGCUCUGGUGAGUGUGGUGUCAUUGCUAUUCUACAGGCAUGAAUAUAACAAACUGCGAUACGUCCUAGAAGUGAUAAGUUUCUUUGGUAAGCCCGGAGUUAAGGAACCUGACGUCAACCGCUUAGGAGAGAUUGAUAUCUCCGAUGAUCUCCAUCUCCACUUUGACGUACCACUACCAUCUUGGCAAAGAAUAAACAAUGACUUGUUUGUUUACGCAGCUUACCAUGCAAACAUAAAUGAAGUCCGAGGGAUCGCCUUUGGGAAAACAUAUAUCAUUCCAGACAUAAAUUGCCAUGUGUUUAUCCAAGGGAAAGAACAGCAUGUUCUGGGGAUAUUCAAACAUUCAAGAAUUAGCAACUUAUUUAAAAGCCAAUCUAGGAAAAAUUUAGAGUAUGCUGCGUACCAGUUUGUCUGUGAGUACUCUCAGCCUGCUAUCCCUGAAGGAGUGUCCUUUUUUAAUAAAAGGGACGUAUCUGAAAGUGAAUAUCCAAUUUUAAGUGUGCAAAAUUUACCACAUAACCUGAUAACCAAUGAUAUAGCCAUAUGCAUAGUUCCGCCAUUAAACAGAUCUAUUUCUCGAAUGGACAUGAUGAACUUCUUAAGUUUUCAUCAAAUGAUCGGAGUUGAUCAUUUUAUUGUUUACGAUUACGGUAUUCCAAGUAUAUUUACAGAUACUAUGAAACAAAUAAUGAAUAGCCAAGGGCUUAAUGUCACAUUCACUGUCGUACCAUGGAAUUUUCCCUAUACUAGAAUUUCUCCAGGCAUUUCUGGGGAAAUUGCUGAAAGGGACUGUCUUUAUCGUACAUACAAUAAAGUCAAAUAUAGCAUAACUUUGUACUGGGAAGAGUACAUUGUUUUAAAAUAUCAUCAUACUCUGGCAGAAUUAUUAAUAGAUUUUGAGAAAGGCUUAUUAGCUAGUGAUCACUAUCGACUGAAUUCAUCAUUGUUUUGUACCCAACAAGAGGACUAUCAUCCAACUGGAAACACCACACUAAUGAUUUUUAAAAAAACUCGCAAGAUUUCCGAGGGUAGCAUGAAAAAUCGUCACGUUUCUAUUAGCAAACCACACAAAAGUUGGAUUACAGACAGCAUUGAUAUUGAUAGCUAUAUUUCGCCUGGUGCAGACUUAAUCAAUGUAAAUCGUUAUCAGUAUUGUUCAAAUUCCGAAAAUGAAAUGAGCUAUACGCAUGAUAGAUCAAUUUCAAAAUUUGCUGAAAAUAUAAUAAAUGCGCCAAUUUUUAAACAAUACAUGACCAGACAAAGCUCAAUCAGCAAAUGAUUAUUUUUUUAAUUAUCGAGUACAAUACGGUGAAUGUAAAUAAUAUGAAAUUCCCAUUGAGGAACAGAUUCCUAAAUAUGCUGAAUGGUUGUACGGAUCGAUGGAUAUCCGCCUAAGACCGAAAAGGACUGGCCAUACAAUCAGCCUUUGAAACAAGUUGAUGUUCCAUAUUUUCGUAAGCGAAACUGAGUUGAAGCUAAACAAAUUCUAAGCAAUCGAUUUCAUAUAAAUUUCAGGGUUAAAAAAAUUUAUCUGGUCGAUCAAUGAAAAAUUCCAGAUUUCACGCAUACAUUUUGUCAUGUCUAAUUUUGAUCACCUUGCGAAGGAAAAAAAAAUUCCAAUGGCCAAGAAGGAAUAAUCGUAACUGUGAAAUAAAAAAAUAUCAUUGUUAGAAAUAAUUUCUAAUCAAAAAAUUUCUAACACUUAUUGAACAUAUCGCAAAUGUGUAUAGCUAUAUAUAUAUUCUCUAAAAUAUAGUACGUUAUGUAACAAGGGAAUAAAGUUGAAGAUUAUUCCCUCGGGUGAUGACUACCCUCGCGCACUUUUAUAUAUUCAUCCAUUAUGCGCUGAAUAGAUUUUAUAAGGUAGUCGGUAAAGUAUCAAUGGAAACCAUUCUUGGACCAUCCGUUAAUUCAUAGCACAAACAUUGAGUGAGAGUUACAUAAUUUUUUUGAACUUGACAAUUGGCGUAUUUAUACCAAAAGAGGCCCGAAAAGUUUUAUACACAAUAAUAUGGGCUAUGUUUUACUCACCACUCACUCUGAUUUUACAAACAUUGCUGCGAUAUGCUUAUCUAUUUAUAUUUUCAAAAGUACUAAAGAUUUGUAUACGUAAUAUGACUUAUGAGAUGAACUGUUGUCAUAUUGUAAUUUGAAACAUUCAUAUUUCUUUGUUUUUUUACGUAAUAUAAAUAAUCGAAUUUUGGCUUUAGACCACUCAAUGAUGAGUGAUCAAUGAUAUUUUUGUACAAUAACCUUACCCCUUUCAACUAUUAAAUUUGAGGUCAUAUAUUCAAUUUCUCAAAUUUAUUUACGCAUUCUUCAACUCACUCUAAUCCACGCUCCUGUGAUUGCUAUGCAAAGCUCCUCCGUAAUCAGCAGUAACUAGACUAAUUUUCAUUGCGUAACAUGAUAUUAUCUUUAAAUAAAAUUCUCCACAAAAAAUAAAUUGAGAUUUUCCUUAUGAUUGGAUAAAUUAAUGUGAUAUUGAUGUUGGUAAAUCAGUUAUGUAAAGUAUAAAUAAGUCGCUAGUUGCUUGUACAAAACCUGAUUUGGAAAUGAUCAAAGGUAUAUUCGUUAAACUAAGAGUUACAGUUGUAUGAAGUUGGGCAAUUUUUUUUUUUCUCACAAACGUUUUCUAUUACAGUCGCUGCAUUAUAGCAGAAUUUUUAAGUCCAGCUUCUUCAAUAGUUUUACUCUCUUCAGUCAACUCUUUGCUUGGAUAUGACGUCAGUAGGCGAAAAUUACUAGCUGCAUACUGGGGUCUCAUACUAAUAAAAAGUUGAGGAAAGUUUCAAAACAAUUCAAAAAAUUAUAUCUAUACAUAAUAUUCUAACGAAGUUGUGUUCACAACCUUUAUAUACCCUGGCACGGCUAAUGCUGUUACAGAUAUUAACCCAUCAUCAGCUAAAAUCAUUUGUUGAUGUAUGUACGGUUACUGAACCACUGAACAUUAUUGUAAGAACAGUCAGUCUUCAGACUUUAAAAAGAGAGAAUCCAUUUCAAUUAUAUCUGUUUUUCCGUGAUUUCAGCUUUGCCGUCAGAUUUCUUUGACUCAAUGUUUGCUCUUUACGCACAGAGAACCUGCUUAUUUUGUUACGCGCAAUCCCUUGAUUGCCCUCCGUUACAAUAUAGACACAUACAUCAGCAAUUGAGUAUUCAUACUAAGACAUGAAUUCUUUAUAAAAAUCUGAUAGUAAAGGAUACGUUGAAAUAUAACGUCUAAUGUCAGAAACUGUGUGUGUCAGAUUAAACUGAGCUCUGAUGCUACUUCCAUCUGCUAAUCGAAUCUGAAUUGUUGUCACUGGUUGAGAAGAAUCUACAUUCAAUUCUCUUGUGGCUUGUGACUCAUUCGCUGUUUGAUCUACAGAACCAACUGGAACGGUUAUGCCUACCGUUGCUGGAGAUGGGCUGCAAACACAUAAUUAGAUUUGUUAAUGUGUGUUAACGCCAUGAGAAGUGGAUGUCACAUUUUCCCGAACUUUGAGUUAAGAUACUUUGAAAUUAUACCUAGAAAUGUUGGGUUCAAAGUAACGUAAAAACUUUACAAAUCUGAUUCAUCAAAAAUAUUGGAAAGGAGAGAAUCGUGUGGUUAAUUUUGAAAAAGCAAAUUAGUGGUUGAAAAUAGUUAACAACCUUCCUAGCAUGUGUCCCUUCCCAGUGAAGGCCUUUACUUUGACUUUAGGAGGUACAAAUUCUUCAUGACGAUGAUCUUCCAUAUCCAGUCUGACUUCGGCACCUUGUACUUCUUGACGGAUCUCCAUGGGAACUUCACCACGCUU